AUGGCGGCUCCUCGCUCCGCCAUCCUGACCGCGGCCGUCGUGCUCGCCUGCACCAGCCUGAUGGCCGCUUUCGUGCCCUCGCCGGUCGCGUCGCGCCCGACAGCGCAGUCGCUGCCGACGGCGGCGCUCAGUGCGGUGGCGCUCGCGGCGCCCACCGCCGCCCACGCGGAGGGCUCGAGCGUGUGGAUCCCGGCCCUGUCCGCCGUCGGCGCCGGCUUCGCCAUCGGGCUGGCCGCCAUCGGGUCCGGAGUGGGCCAGGGCAUCGCCUCCGGCCGCUGCAUCGACGGCAUCAGCCGCCAGCCGGAGGUUGCCGACGACCUGCGCGGCGUGCUCCUCCUGUCCCUCGCCUUCAUGGAGUCGCUGACGAUCUACGGGCUCGUCAUUGCGCUGGUGCUGCUCUUUGCCAACCCGCUCAUCAAGAGGACGAGCGAGAAGGGCCCGCCUUUCCUCAGGGGCAAGGCGGCGGCGGCCGCAGUUGGCGGAGCGUGCGGUGCGGCCGGCGCCGCCGCCGGCUGCGCCAGCGGCGCCGUGGCGGCAGCGGCCAGCGGCGCCCCUGGCGCGGAGGAGCCCGGCGCGGGGCUCGGCGGGGGCAUCGGGCCGCCGCGGGGGCCGCUCCGAGGAGCCGACGUCGGGGCGGCGACGCAUCCGGCGCCAGCGCAGCCCGAGCCCUGGACCAGAUCCCUCCGCCAGGGCUCCCCUGGCGGCGAGGCGUGGCAGCCGCGGCGGUACGCCCCGCGACAGCGGCGCCAGGGCGCCGGCGCGUGGCAAGGGAUCGGCGGGCUGGGGCAAUGGGCGGCGUUCGCGGAGUCGGACGCGUCGCGGCCAGGGCCGUGCUCCCGCGGCGACGUCCAAGGCAGCAGCCCCGCGCCAGCCGUCGCGGCUGGCGACGACGCCUCCUCCUCCGGAGUCCAAGGGGCAGCCGCCAGCGCCGGGCCGCGGCAGCUGUCCGCCCAGCAGCGAGGAGGACAGCAGCGACAGCAGCAGCGGCUACAGCGACAGCGGCGCCAGCGGCGCCGCCCGGGUCGGUCCAGCCGCCGCAACGGCGCCGCAGGCAGCGCCCCCGGCUGCUUCGGCAGCGACGGUUCCGGCUGCUCUGGCAGCGACGGCACCGGCUGCUCAGACAGCGACGGCUCCGCCCUCAGCGCCAGCGGCCGCGUCAGCUCCGGCAGCGACGGUGGGCCCGGCUGCGGAGCCGAGGGCGACGGCCCCUCCGGAGUCAUCGACAUCGGCAUCGAGGCCAGCUGCGACGCGCUGGGGCUCUGGCAUGGCGCGCCAGGGCGUUCGGGCGGCGCGACCGCGUUUGCCGCGCCUCCGCGCCAGCGCUCGGCCUGCGGCGGGGCCCCGCUGGACGAUGCGGUCCCGCGGUUGCCCGGCGUGCGCCCGGCGGCGCGGCCUCCGGCCCUCCACGAGGGCGACGGUUCUGAGGCGGCCAGCCCGCCUAGCGUUGGCACCAGUGCCGCCGCGGCGGGCGCGCUGGUCCCGGCCCCCCCCACGCGGGCGGAGGGCGACGGUGUGGAGCGCGACGGAAUCUCCAGGGAGGAUUUCGUGCAGGAGCUGCGGGAUGGCCUGGCCAGCUCGGGGUGGGCGGCAGCGCGCGCGCUGGCGCUGGCGCUUCGCGUCGCCAUUCGCGGUUUGGGCUUCUGCGAGGCGUGUGCCCGGCUCGAGGAGGCCGCCUCGGCGAUCCCGGAUGCGCUGGGCCGCCGGCGGGUCGUCGAGCGGGUGCUGCAGGCGGCCGAGCGGCCAAGGGCCGAGGCGUUCCGGGCCUUCCCUGAGCUGGCGGCGGAGGCGGCGCAGCCGGCGGCGGCUGCGGAGGGCGACCCCGCCGUGGACGGGCCCGCGGCGCUGGCAGCGGCGGCGCGGCGCCUGGGCGGGGCUGGCUUGCUCUUGGCAAUGGCGGCCCCUCGCUCCGCCAUCCUGACCGCGGCCGUCGUGCUCGCCUGCACCAGCCUGAUGGCUGCUUUCGUGCCCUCGCCGGUCGCGUCGCGCCCGACAGCGCAGUCGCUGCCGACGGCGGCGCUCAGCGCGGUGACGCUCGCGGCGCCCACCGCCGCCCACGCGGAGGACUCGAGCGUGUGGAUCCCGGCCCUGUCCGCCGUCGGCGCUGGCUUCGCCAUCGGGCUGGCCGCCAUCGGGUCCGGAGUGGGCCAGGGCAUCGCCUCCGGCCGCUGCAUCGACGGCAUCAGCCGCCAGCCGGAGGUUGCCGACGACCUGCGCGGCGUGCUCCUCCUGUCCCUCGCCUUCAUGGAGUCGCUGACGAUCUACGGGCUCGUCAUUGCGCUGGUGCUGCUCUUUGCCAACCCGCUCAUCAAGUAG